AAAGAAAACACAUUUUCCAUUGCUCUUGGUUAUGACAAUAGAGUAACGCAACAACUCCCGCCAAGAGCCGAAGUGAGACUGUCAUCUGGCCGUCGGGUGUCGAGGCGGACCAACACACACCCAAGACCUCCCAGCACCCCGGCCUCCACCACCCCAGCCUCCAGCACCCCGGCCUCCAGCAGUCAAAAUUCACAUGAGUGAAUCUUGGCUACUACGUACAAUGUUUAAUUUAUGGGAGGGAUAUUAUCAUAUGUUCCUCUGACAGGGAUCUGACCCUUGUCUCUGCAUGUGACAGAAGUCCGUAUUUCCGGUGAGAAGUCGAUAACCAUUCACGAUAUCAAGUCUCGAUAAGAUAGCGUGUGUGCCUCACUGUGAGGUGCGGAGGCACCUAGCGCAAUCACCCUUCAGUAACUGGUAGCCCCUUGUUCAUGUAGUGAGUGGAUGCUUACUGUUGUCCUGUUGAGAACGCCUCGCCUCACUCUCCUCAACAGUCACCGUUACUGUUGUUGACGCCUCGCCUCAACAGUCACCCGUUAAUACUCCUCGUUUAAUCCAAGCACGAGUGACUGCCAAUUACUCUCCGCUUGCAUCUUGUUCCUUGGCUUGUGUGCCACGGGUCAGGGAGAGCGUGCCAGGCACUCCAUGACCUCACAUGGUCACUCCAUGACCUCCAUGUGGCCCUGGUGAGACCCCAGGGACACAACUACUGAACGGUUGCCUACCGACCCCACUCUCUUCCCCGACAGGUGAGUGUCGGGCCAUGGAGGAGGAGGAGGAGGACCAGAAGCCGCUGCUGCAGACCUCGUCCGAACCUUUCGUUCGACACAGCAAGCUGAGGACCACCAGGCGACAACGACCACCUGCUCUACUUAAAGCGUCACUGAAACACACCAAGUCCGCACCCCAGUCCACCAGCUCGCUUGUUUCACCUGCCGUGCCGCGUCCCUGUCCGCUGGGAGAGUCUGCCUUGCAAGACCGACUGCUCGGACCACCACUUUUGCAAGGCCGGCAACUCGGAGGAUCGGCCUUGCAAGAUGGGCAGCUAGGAGGACGGGCCGUGCAAGACCGGCAGGUAGGAGGACGGGCCGUGCAAGACCAGCAGCUAGGAGGAUCGGCCGUGCAAGACCAGCACCUAGGAGGACGGGCCGUGCAAGACCAGCAGCUAGGAGGACCGGCCAUGCAAGAUCGACCGCCACUGCCUCCCCGAAAUAGUGAGGACACGCUACACAAAAUCAACAAUGAGGUGAGGAAGACACAGUCACUUUGCUAUAGAAGAGAGACUCGCGGCAGCAUAAUAUCGGCGGAUGACGACCAGAGGCCGCUCUCUCCCGGCUGUCAUCUACAGAAAAGCAGCCUGGUGAGGAAGUCGAGAUCAUUUGUUUAUGGAAAUCAUCAUAUAUCGCCACCCACACGAAACGUGUCUCCGUCGCCAUUCCCUCACACUGACCAGUCUUUCUCAUGUCCAAGUGUUGUGGGUCACACCGCAACACAAAAUUCCUCACGUUACAACACUCAUAACAAUGAAUCCUGGAACCAACAAAGAUUAACAAACCUGCAAGCAGAAACUUCCUCAGCGCCACGUCGCAAAACUUCUCCAUCGCCAACCAUAAGUUCUCAGAGCACCUCUCAGGCAUCUAGUCAAGGAGAUGAGCCAAGGAAGGGAUUUGCCUCAUUUUUCAGGAGAGCGCAGUCGUCUUCUCCGCGUCGUAAAGUGACCUCUCCGAGUGAAGAAAGCCAAACGGACCACGAGUCCUCCAAACACUCUCAGGAAAAUAACUCUGGAAGUUCAUCUUGGAGUCAGACAGUAAUUGCCAGACUGCAAGGAAGGUGCCUGUCCCCGUCUCCGCACCGCGCUCCUUCCUCACCCACCACCUUCAGGAAGAUAAAUCGUUCUUCGGAAGCACCAUCAAUAAGUAAUUUUAGAAGAUAUGGAAGUUUACCCAUAGAGAAAUCUAAUCCACUGAACAAAUCCAGCACACAUCUACCACUAGAGAGAGCAGCAGACGCAACCCCCGGCCAUGAGAGACUAUCGAGAUCUUCUUCUGUACAACAGUCUCCAGUCAUCAGCCGGGAAGGUUCUGAAGAGAAAAGCAGAGGUGUCUCACCUUGGGGGGAUGGCGCCUACAUGCCAUGGCCCCUCAAACCUUACUCCGAGAGAGAGACUCGAAAGAAGAGGCCAGAGAGUACGGUCGGUCACAUCACUGUGCAGACAGUUCCCGACAUGAACACGAGAGAUGACUGCUGGCGAAGGAGAGCAGUGCCAUUGUCGACCAGUCUACCUUCGUCAGGAAUACUUCAGGAAGUACAGCGAAGCGCUGACUUACGGGACGACGACCUGCCGGGAUCCCGCUCAAGCUUAAUCAACAGAAAACGAUCGCAGAACAGCCAUCAAUAUUCCACCAUUGAUGCAGCUGAUGAUUUCAAGCCACUGCACCGCCCGAACUCCUUCACUACGGGAGUUGGGAGCCAGGCCUUCCUCCCCACAGACGCCCACACACCCCACGCUGGUCACACGGGCGGGGCAGCUCCCACAGCCGCCUCCUCCCACGCUCCCAUCCUUCGAUGCAACAAGACUUUCACGAAACAGCCGUCGACUGGGUGUACCCAACGCAGGGACGCUGAGGACCCGGAAUCUUCCCAAUCGAGCAGCAGCAGCAGCAGCAGCGACGGCCGCCAGGUGAAGCCUCGCGGGGAGCUGAGAGACAACCUCCGCUCUAUACACGAGAGCUGCGAGGAGGGUGCUGGCCUCACACGCACCAAGUCCCUGUACUCGUGGGACAGUGGCUCCAGUGUGUUCGAGUGCCUCCCGAACAGACUUGGAAUGGUCGGCAACGUCUCGAAGGAAGCGGAUUUGUGCAGUAGCCACUUUUCGUAUUUAUUGGUGAACGAAAAUGAAUAUUUGAAGUGUCUUCAAAAUAUGUUGAGCACGUAUAAGAUGAUGUGUGAGACAACGCCUCCACAUAUCCGUCAGCAUUUUGAUGUUUUCUUUAAGCAGAUGGAAAUAAUAUAUCACUUUCAGGUUGAAUUGUAUGAUGCUCUGAAGGAGACAAAUGGCGAUCCAACAUUAUUGGUACAAGCGUUUAGAAACGACCAAUUCCAUUCGUAUAAUCGUUACAUGAUAAUGACCCCAACUGUCCAGAAAGAUUUCAGUCGAUAUUCGGUUUACUUUGAGGAAAAUUUUCCCGAUCUGAAGAGAAAUAUACUGAAGCCGUCUAUGCGGAUAAAUUUUUAUGUGAUGAUGCUAGAGGGCUUCAAAAAAGAAGCAUCGGAAAAGGAAAAGGCGGAAUUGGAUUCUGCCAGAGACUACCUGAACCAGCUGAAGCGUGAAGCCAACACCAUCAUGACCAUCGCUACAGUCUUCAACAGCCCGGUCGACCUCAGACUCGGUGGCGAUGUCUUGCAGAUUGGAGAGCUUCUGUGCCUUGGUGGAAGCUCGCUCCAGAAGAAGAAAUACAAUGUAAUAUUAUUUGAAAACUUGCUGGUUAUCACGUCUUCAAAGAUGGAAUUCUUCAAGUACAAGGUUCACUAUCGGGCGGAGCAGCUGGAGGAGGUGGAGGCCGUGGGGGAGAGCGAGUUCAUCCUGCACGCCCUCACUGAGGGGCAAUGUCAGAGACUCACUAUGAAGUUCAAGGCCAAAAGUACAUUCCUCCGCGACGAAUGGAUUAAAGAGCUACAGAAAAUUGUGCUGCAGAACGAACCAUCUGUCCAUCGGGAAAAUCCCCAAACAGAUAUUUUUUCCAUGCAGGCUCAGUCCCAGAUGUUCCCUCUGAACAUUUUCACCGAAUAUCCGCACCUGAUGUCGGCCUUGACGCAGGAGGACUCUGUGAACCCAACACCAGUUUCCAUUGAAGAGUCUUGUUUACAACUGAUUUACCAGGAGAAGGCGUAUGUGCGUCACCUUUCUUCUCUUCUAAACCCAGACACUAUAAUGCCUCCGGUCAGACUUUGCUCUCUUUUGGAAAAACUGUAUCAGCUUCACGGCAAACUUUUCCUUCCUUGUCUCGAAAGAUCACGCUUUGCGCACGACAUUCUUCGCGGAUUCUUAGAAAAUAUUGAUUCGUUUAGCGUCUACAUCGACUACCUGGUUGUUCGCAGUCAAAUGGUCACGCAGUUGGACACCAGCACCGAUUCCAGACUAUACAUCUCACCCGUUCAGCACCUCACCUUCUACGUGAUAUGGCUACGACAGAUAUGCCUAAGUUCAGCCCUGCGAGAGUCGGCUCAACAGACGCUGGAUCACAUAAAAAAUUAUGUACGAAAGGCCCAGAUCCGGCUUCUUACUGACGCAAUCAUAAAUGGUCGAGUAGAUUUUUACAGAAGUGGCAACAUAAUUCGUCACGAUAAAAUGGACGUGAAAACGCGGAAGAAGGAGGUACGCGGAGGAUUAUAUUUCGCUUUAUUGUUUGAGAAGAUCAUCAUCCUAACCAAGCCGAAGCCACCGUUCUACGAGUAUACGUGGGACAUUUGGCUGGACCAGGUCAACCUGGGCCCUCCCACCACCUCCGACGUGGCUUUCAAGUUGGAGGUCCGUCAGGGAGGUGGGAGGGAUCCCGUCACCUACGAGUUCCGCGCCAACACUCCCGCCAUCAAGAGGGCGUGGCUCCAGGGCGUCCAGAAGCAAAUGCUGCAGCAGGCAGAAAAAAUCAGACGGCGCACAUCUACCGACUUCUGAAAGCCUUUCAGCCGUGUCUUCCUAGCAUAUUAUUAUGUUUUCAAGUCUCUGUCGCAACGCGCAAAAGCUUCCGAAGUAUAGCGUUGUGGGGAAGGGACUUUCAGGAGAAAGCACCAAGCCAUUAAGACCAUACAGCACUUGGAAGGAAUCAGGAUAAAGAUUUGUGAUGGGGCGAGAGGGUGGGGGAAGGAAUGGCGCCCAACUAUUAGGACGAUCGGAGAUUGAACGAAUGGAGACCGUUCCUCUACCGUCCAGCCCAAGCGUGUAAGAUCAAAGGUGAUUUGAAGGCUUUAAUGAUGCAUGCUGUGUGUUUGAUGACUGAUAUCUUCUUUAGCUGUAAAAAACAGCUGACCAGCUGCUGGUCACGCCAUCUAGCCUCGCCUGUGAAGAACACCUCAACUGUCACAGUAACCGGACCUCAUACAAUCGCAAUGUUUUCUAAGAUCACCAGAGUUGUCUUCGUAUUUCUAUGGUAAUUCUCCUUCAAGAAGCCGCUACAAGGACUUGAAAAUAAUUGCAACAAGUCGUUGAUGUCUUAGUUUCCCUUAAGUUGUUCUCAAACAUGGAAAAUCACAGAUUUUCACACGCCAUUUUCACGUGAGAAAUGUGCGCCAACUUACCGUGUGGCUGCCAUCACUUCCUUCACGAUGUGUGUGGUGUGUACACUCACCACACUGUCACACACACACACACACACACACACACACACACACACACACACACACACACACA